GGGAGCGCGCGGUGGGGGCGCGCAGGAGCCAGCGCGCCGCGGGGCGGUCCGGGACAGUCGGGCAAGACCCAGGCGAGCGCGCGGCGCGAGGGCUCUGCUCGGGGUCACGGUCCGCGUGGGCGCCUGCGGCCCCCGGGGAGGGAGCGCCUUCCAGAGGUGACCCCCUAGGGGGCAUGGGACCCCGGCCCCUCCCCUGCCUCCUGUGAUCAAGCAGCGGCCCGCGUUGCCGUGGGGAUGCCUGUCCAUCACCAGAAGUCAGACUCUUGGGAGAUGGACUCUGACUUGUCGCCAAGCUGCAAGCUUGGGGACCUGAGCCGGGGAGCAGUUCGGACAGCCGGACCAGCAGCGCUCGCUCCAGGAGUCUCACUCUGGAUGAUGAGAGCCUGAAGUACCUCACACAUGAAGAAAAGGACGUCCUUCUGUUUUUUGAAGAGACAAUUGAUUCCCUGGAGGACGACUUUGGGGAGCAGGUGCCGUGUGCCGGUGAUGCCCAAUGCCUCUCUCUGCCAUCUGUGGACGAGAGCGCGUCCGGUCCGUCUGAGCCAGAGGAUGUUGUGGACUUGGUUAAGCCGGGCCCUGCAGCCGGGGAGCCUGAGAGCCUGCAGGAUGUAACAGAGGCAGCAGGGUCUGGCGCUGUUGGAAAGGAAGACAUCCCUGUCCUUGGAUGCAGGAAACAGGAUGCUGAGAAGUCUCCCCCGCCAGACCCCCCAGGUCCUGAGGCCCUGCUCCAGCUGCCUUCCCCGCCUGUCCCCGCAGCAGCCCCGGUCCACCCCAGGAGAGAACCGCCCCCUGCUCCUCCAGCAGAGCACCCAAAACUGCCCCGCUCAGUCCCCACUCCGCUCGUCAUCGCCCAAAAGAUGUCAGAGAAGUUGGCAGGAAAUGAAGCACUUUCGCCCACAUCCCCCUCCAUAGAGGGCAGGCCCGGAGAAUGGAGGGUGCUGACUCCCGGGGCCCCUCGACACAGAGACCACUCGCCGUGGCACAGACACGCGGCGCCGCCCAAGAUCCACCGCUUCCCGAGCAACAUCAGCCUGAGCAACAGCACGGGGAAGGACUUCAAUAAGACCAUCUCCAAGGCCGCGGUCAACGUGCAGGAGCGCAAGGCCCAGGUCCUGGCCAACAUCAACGGGGUCUCCUUCCUCUCCGCGGGGGAGACGGAAGACCGGGCCCAGAGGGGCGACCUCGCCGAGCAGAGGAGAAGCGUCUCCCUGGAGCAGAGCCAGCCGGGCCCAGCCCAGGAAGCCGUCCCCGUGCGGGCAGGGGCGCACAGCGCCCAGCAGUCCAGGGCCGUGCAGACGGAACAGCCUCUGCCGCUGGCCAACGGCUUCCAGAACAUCCACGAUGUCCUCAAGAGCCAGGCUGGUCCCUUCAUCUCUACGGGCAAGACGGUCACCUUCCGUCCAGACCCGGGGACGCUCCCCAGCAAACUUGCGUCCCGGCCUCCAGACUGCAGCCAGGAUGUUAGGAAGCGGUCGGGCUCGCUCCCCAGGGCCAUGGGAUUCAGGCCCCAGGGCAUCACUGUCCAGUUCUCGGGCCGGGGCUCCACGGAGGAGGCCCGUCGGGAGGCCCUGCGGAAACUCGGCCUGCUGAAGGAGAACUUGUGAUGGAGAGCGAGCGGGCUCUGGGGGAGGCAGGGUGGUCAGGUCCUUUUGCCAGAAAAUGGAUGUGCGCAUGCGUGCGGCGCAGCGGCAAAGUCAGGACUGCGGUGCCUGGUUGAGGACCAGAGAUGCGGGCCCAGCACUCAGCAGAGGGGAUGCCCUGCUCCCGUCCGCAAAUGAGCUGGGCCAUCCUUCCGUUCAAGAGGGUCCCGCACCACAUCCUGUCUGCCCUUUUCCAAGAGCUCGGAAAAUAACCUUGAAAACCUACAGGUUUCUAUGGUUUGUAAAUGCCACAUGUUUUGGGGCCUAGGAAGAGGGGGGUUGAGGCUGAUUUUUUGUUGAGUCUCUAACCUUUUAUCCCAAGUGCAUGAACACGAAAGCCAGUUUACCAGUUUAGAUCUCAUACUUGUUUCUCUAAAAAAGGGGUCCUCCCCUCCUUUCCAAGAAAAUAAAGAAGAAAUGCGUGUUCAACUUUCACAGUAUCUUAAAAUAUUUUUUUGGCUUUUUGUUUUUCAAGGGUGAAAGUAUGUUCGCCUGAGCUAUGCCUUUGUUUCUUGAUAUACUUUGGUUUGCCCAGUUUUGUUUUGUUUUUUAAUUGGAAAUUGAAGCCUUUAGAGUAUGAUUUACUGUAAUUUUGUGUUAUGGGAGCAGAAUAGGAAGAUUGAGUUUGGACAAGGUGGUAGUUUUAAGAAAGCCAGUCUCAGACUACAGAGUCUGUGUGACUGGGAGAUAUGUGUAUGAGUGUGUACUGUGUAUAUACAUGUGCAUAAUAUGUGUUUAUAGAUACAUGUUAUUAUAUACAGAUAGAGGUGUGUGUGUGUAUAUAUAUAAACUUCUUAAAACCCUAUUACAGAACUACAGGAUGCAAGCACUUCCUAUUGUUUUGAUAGACAAGCCAUCUCAGUGUUGAGAUGAUGACACAGAAAUGGUCACUUCCCAAUGAGGAAGUCUUUUAAGGACACAUCUCCAUAACAUUUCGGUGAUCCAAAGUGCUUUUACCUCAACAAUGCAUUCUGUUCCCAAUUAAAGGAAUAGUCCAAAUAAGCUUCCCACUCAGCAGGAGUUCCUUUUUUAGUGAAGCAGACUUUUAAAGAUGUCCUUUAUCACCUAAUUUUAAUUUAUCACCUCAUUUUAGUUUUGCAUGUUCUAAGGUGGCUGGUAAACAGAAGGAAACAAAAAGAUUCUUAACAUCCCCUUGUUCCGUGGGCAAGAUCUCAGGAUUAAUUUAAAAGGGAAAAAAACUGAACUGGGUUCCACAGCCUGAAAAGAACUGGUUUUCUCCCAGACGAUGUCUUACAUGCUGAGUUGUAACCACAAGGAUUAUUAUCAAAACUAUUUCAGGGUGGAGUCUUAAACCUCUAAAAAUAGACCGGGAAGGACCACACUUGAAAGCUGGCCCUUUUGUUGUACGUCUCAGCCACUGUCCCAGAUUCUGUUUCUUUCCUGUUGAGCAUUAUUUAAACUCAGACUUCUAAAUGUGCUGUGAAGGAUGUUUUUCAUAGUAUUCAGUUUGCCUUGUAACUUACAUAAAAUGAUUGUAAUGUGUUCCUUAGAAUGACAGUAUUUAGUGUCUCGCCCAGCCCGUGUCCUCCUGAAAUAGUCUCACAGAUUCCUGAUGGUCUUAAUUUAAAUAAGUGUUUUGAAUUUACAGGUCUUGAAAAAUAGUUUCUAUUUUACUCCUGUUUAUGUUGGAUGUGUUUAAAGGAUUCUUAGGGGCUCCUUACUUCGUUUUAAUAAAGCAAGAUGCCAUAUUACAUGGUGUUGAAAAAUAGAGGAUCUUGAUAAUGGAACAGACUUGUGGUUGCCAAGGGGAGGGGGUUGGGGGAGGGCUGGAGUGGGAGGCUGGGGUUAGCAGAUGUCAGCUCUUAUACAUGGACAGGCUAAACAACAAGGUCCUGCUGUAUGUAUAGCACAGAGAACUCUAGUCAAUGUCUUAUGAUAAACCGUGAUGGAAAAGAAUAUUUUUUAAGAAAUGUAUAUACAUAUAACUGAACCACUUUGCUGUAAAGCAGAAGUUAACACAACAUUGUAAAUCAGCUAUACUUCAACUAAAAAAGAUAGAGGGUCUUGCUAUGGCUAACAUUUUAAAUAUCCCCUAUAUUUGAGGAUUCUUUCUUUUUAUCAUAUCCUCUGAAUUCAUUGUAAUUAGGGUGAACUUGACUAUAUGUUAGUAUAUUUGUUCUUAUAAUGGCAUUUUGGAAAAAUAAAUUUGGAGAUCUAUCUUAAGUAAAAACAGCUUUGUUUUUGCC